AUGUCCGCACAAUUGUCGCCUCCGCGCUCCCGCGCUUCCUCGACCGGCAGCUCUUUCGCUUCCUCGCGCGGUCGCCGCUCGCCCAACCUCUCUAUCGACCUCUCCGACUUGCCGCCGCUCAUCACUCCCUCGCCGCCCUCCAACACGCUCCUCAUCACCAACCUGCAAGAUGCUUCCAUCUUCCACCCGGCGAACCUUGAUACUCUCCGCAACCUGAUCAACUCGUAUGCGCCCGUACACACCUGGGCGCCGCUGCGCUCCUUCCGCCGCAUCGUCGUCUCCUUCUUCGACGUGCCCGCCGCCACGACCAUCAAGCAGAAGCUGGACGGCGAGACAAUCAUGGGCGAUCGCGUGCGCGUCUACUUUGGCACCCACACGCCGUUGAACCCCACCGACCAGCACCUGCCGCUGCCCAAGAGCGACAAGCUGUUCUUCAUCUCGCCGCCGCCCUCGCCGCCGCACGGGUGGGAGGUGCGCAACGAGGACCCGCCGAACAAGGAGGUGCACGCCGAGGAUCUGGCCGCCGCCCUGGCCAAGCUGCACGCCCGCCCCGAGGCCCUGCCCCAGAGCCCCGUCGACUCGGAAAUGGACGCAACCAAGAGCCCCAUCAGCCCCAUUGCCGACUCGCAGCGGCGGCAGCGCAGCGGCAGCGGCGUCAUUGUCUACCACCCCGAAGACCACGGCGACAGCCCCGAUCUCCCUGCCAUCGCCGUCGAGGACACCACCGCCAGCCCUGGCGAGAUGACGCCCAUGGAGGAUGUCCAGCGCCCCAUCCUCGCCCACACCUCCCGCCCGCCUGUCGAGCUGAUGCACCACGCAUGA